AUGGAGGGCGGGGGUGAGCGGGGAGGGAACAACGAGGAGCAAAGUGGAGAGGAGGAGAAGGACGAUCGGAACGAGAAGGAAGAGGAGGAGGAGGCGGGGGAUGGGGAGAAAGAGGCGGAAGAGGAGAAAGGGGAGGGGGAGGGGGGAAUGAGGGACGAGGAGGAAGAGAAGACGAUUGAUCUGGUAGAUGAGACAACAGAGAAGGGGAAUGAAGAAAACUCGAAGCGUGAAUCUGCUGAAGAAGCACGGCAGGAGAUGGAGGAAGCGGUGCUGGGAGAAGGGCGAGGGGAGGAGCCAGUAGACGAGACAACAGAGAAGGGGGAUGAAGAAAACUUGAAGGAAGACUCUACUGGAGAAGGAGAGCAGGAGAUGGAGCAAGCAGUGGGAGAAGGGCGAGGGGAGGAGCCGGUGGAGGCAGUAGGAGCAGAGCUGGGGGGAGAGGGGAGAGAAGGGCACGCGGCAGAGAGGGAGGGUGCAGCAGAGAGGGAAGGAGCGGCAGAGAAUUGUGAAAAUAACGCCGACGAUGCAGAGGAGGACGCAAUGGAGGAAGGCGUUGGGGAUAACUAUGACCUGGUUGAGGUGAGCGGUGGCAUUGACUUUGCCUCUCCCGCUCGUUCUCGCCCCUUUCGCCCUUUCCAUUCCUUUCUCCUCCUUCCUAAAUUUCCAGUCUUUCUGCAGAUUUACCUAAACACAAUACACUUAUAUUCACACCUGUUACACCUGCAUAUUUAUGUCAGCAUGUCUUGUUACAUUCACCUUGUUGCUCCUCUCAAUUCCAACUCAGCACCACCCUUCUGCUUCUCCCUUCACUACCCUGCACCACCCCUCUGCUCCCCCACCCUUCCCAAGCAGCCCCUUGUUGCUGAAAACAGAGAGGGGCAGGACAAAGGGGAUGGGGAAGGGAACGAAGCUAGAGAGAUUAUGCAGGGGAGCAUGGAGGAGAGGACGGGAGGGGGUGGCAUGGUGGGGAGGGCAGGCGGGGAGCAGAGUGGUGCAGGAGAGGCAGACGGACCGGUGGGGAGCGACCUGGUGGCAUCUGUGGAGCGAUGGGCGCUAAGGGCGGGGCUGUGCGGAGCAGCAGCAGCAGAAGCAGCGGCAGCAGCAGCAGCAGCGGCAGCAGCAGCAGAAGAAGAGAAGGUUUCACCAAGCAUGGGAUCUUCACGUGGAGAGGUGCAGAGUGCACUGAUGGAGUUGAAACCCACCAAUGGUGAAGAGGCAUUCAAGGCGCGGCUGCAGGAGGAAAUCAAUGCCUUGCUGCGGCAAAUCCCUCCCGCUAAGCAGCAGAUUCCGAAACUUCUGAUCAACACAACGGUCUGCUUUCUCUCUGCUCUGCCUACCACGACACAGCAGAUCACCCCUGCAGUGCAACGGCCCACCCCUGAAAUGCAGCAGCUCAACCCACCAGCACUCCACAUCACGGCUGAAUCACGAGAAAUCACCCUGUCCCACCGAACCAUCCACUACUUUCUCGCACUCGCUCCUGCCUGCCGUCCCACACUCCUCCCCUCCCUCACCUCCCUCACGCUCGACCAAUGCUCCUCGGUCUCUCCCCGCGACAUGCUCUCCCUCGCCCACCUCCCCUCCCUCACCUCCCUCUCCUUCCUUCAAACCCCCAUCACUCCAGCCGCCCUCUCCCUCAUCCAGCCCUUCUCCCGCCUCCACCAACUCGUCCUCGACUGCCCUGGUCCCUCAACCCUGUCCUUCAAAACCGGGCCUUGGCCGUUGAAGAACCUAAGAAAACUGCAUGUGAGUCGGGUGACUGACUCAGUUCUGGAGCAAGUGGGGGUGCUCACAAGCCUUGAGGUCCUCUCCUGCACGUGCAGCAAGAAGGCGACUUCUAGUGGCUGGAUUUCCCUGCUCCGGCUGAAACGGCUGAGGCGGCUCUGCGCGGCACCAGCGGAUCUAGACGGUCAUGGUUUAACGAUGGAGUAUCCCAAGGGAAGGUUGCCGGUGGUCUCGCGAGUGUAUGCAAGGCCACAGAAGAAGCAAGAGGGCGCUAUUUGGGAGAGUGCUCAAAAGGAUGUUGAAGAGAGCGCACGCUUGAGGGACUUGAAGGGAUUUUUGAGUGAAGAUGACAAUGGUGAUGUCGAAGGUGGGAUGUGGAAUUCGACAGACUGGCUGCAGCGUUUGGAGCAUUUGGAGUUGCAUGCACCACCGCGCUACAAGCACGCCUGCAUGUCACUCGAUAAGUUGUGCCUUCUCACCACUCUCCACAUCACCGGUUCCUUCCUUGACCAUGACGCUUUGAAAUGGUUGACCCGCGUGACUCAGUUGACCCACCUCAGCCUCGCUGGAUGCACGUUCCCAACCGAGACCAAGUUCUUGGAGCGCUUGUCUUUGCAGCAGUGCUGCAACGUGGGCGCGUCAUUCGUGCGAUACCUCAGCUUCGUGCCAAAACUCAAACAGCUGGACCUGAGCUUCAACAACAUGCCCGCAGCGUGGCUGAGGCACGUUGUGGACGGGAAGCAGGUGAGACGGCUGAGUUUGCGGGGGUGUGGGUACAAGGGGAAGACGGUGCGCGGGCUUGAGCGGCCGUGGAUUGUGAUUGAGGCUUGA